UCACCGGGCGCCUCUUUCUCGCGCCCACUCCCAUACUGAUAGCUCCAGCCUGUUCACCAUGGUCCGUCUGCUGCUUUCCAUCAGAGCCGAGCUGGAGAAUGUCACCGAGCUCGUUCCCGCCCCAGACUCUUCAAGUUUCGAGUACUUCUUCGAAGUAAAGUGCACAAGCUGUAAUGAAGUGCAUCCAAAGUUUGUAUCAGUCAACAGUGUGGAGGAGCACCAGGUGACAUCCGGCAAGGGCAACACAGCACACUUCGUCUGGCGAUGUGGCCUCUGCAAACGGGAGUCGUCCGCCAAGUUUGAUCCUGGCUUCAAGCCUCAGCCAUAUUCAGCCGACGCCAAUGGCCAGCUCGCACCUUUCCUGACCAUUGAUUGUCGCGGCUUGGAGUUCAUCGGAUUCGAUCCCAGGGGGACAUGGCGAUGUGUGGGGGCAGAGUCAGGCACUGUCUUUAACGAAGUAGAAUUAGAUGAAGGCGAAUGGGUUGACUAUGAUGAGAAGGCUGCCCUACCAGUUGGCGUGUCCAAUAUCGAAUGCAAGUGGACAAGGGCGUAAAGAGGAACCCGACGAAAACAAACAUUGUAAGAUAUAUAGUCGAUGUCCGCCCAGCCGAAGACAUCCGUUUGGUGUCGUGUACUCUGCGCAGCUAUCUGGCCAUGCACAGCAGAGAUGACAUCCAACGUGCCAGAGAUAAAUCGAUCUUUGCUCAGAGUAUGUAUGGUACACAUGCAUCCGACGUACUAACAAACUCGCAACUGCAAGAGCGAUACAA